GGAAGACGAUUUUAAAAGGGAUAACUUCUGUAGAAGCGACGAAUGGAGGUGUUGGAGAGAUGGAGGAGAAUAAUGGAGGAGAGAGGGAGGUGGAGGAGAGGAAAGAAGGAAGACAAGACGACUUGAUGGAGGAGAAUAAUGGAGGAGAGAGGGAGGUGGAGGAGAGGAAAGAAGGAAGACAAGACGACUUGAUGGAGGAGAAUAAUGGAGGAGAGAGGGAGGUGGAGGAGAGGAAAGAAGGAAGAAAAGACGACUUGAUAAUGGGCAAUAACAGAGGCAACGAUAAUCAAGGUGAGAGACGAAGCUCCAGCUCCUGGUCCAGGACCUUACUGCAGGAGCUGACCUUUAUGACCACCCAACUACCAGUGUGGGUGGUUGAUGUGGGUGACGGUCGUGUGCCGCCCACAGUGGGCGGUGCAGGCGUGUGUAACCUGACCACCCACGCCCACGCCCAUGGUUACCUCGCUGACCUGGCUCUGAAUAUCCUCAGGAGGACCUUUGUAGCAGCUCUGGCUAAAGAUGACUUCAGCAGAAAUCUGCUGAACCAAGCAGGAAUAUCAGCAGGAACCUGCUAAACCAAGUAUAUA